AUGACGACUCUCAACAUCAAAGUCGGCCAGACGGUUGAGACCACUGGGCAUCAGGAGGGUGUGGUCAGAUACGUUGGAACUAUCCACGUAUCAGAAGGCAUCUUCGUGGGAAUAGAGCUUUCUACCCCCACUGGCAAGAACGAUGGCUCCGUACGCGGAGAGCGGUACUUUACCUGUCCGCCUGGCCACGGUCUCUUCAUUCGAGACACAAGUAUAGCAACUAUAAUCUCCGAGGCAGUACCCACCCCACCCACACCUACACCACGAGCGGCUUCAAGAGCGAGGGCACCACCCACCACGCCUAGAGCUCGACCUUCCAGUGUAGUCGCCCCCAAACCCGCUACUGCAAGGACUACCACAUUGAGCAAGCGACAGUCAGUCGCAGCUCCUUCGUCAUCACAACCACCUUCACGUGGACCUAUUCGAAAAGCCAGCGUUGCUAGCAUAUCUAGCAAUUCAGCCGCCGAAUCCUCCCGCACACAAUUUUCUCGACCCGAAUCCUCUCGCCCAGAACCCUCUCGACCCGAACCCUCGCGUCCCACACCAUCGACUUCCAGACCGAGCCUGGCAUCAUCAGUCACUAGCAAUGCUGGAAAAGCAUCGCGAGAUGGCCACGUCGAGACCUUACAGACAACGAUCAGACACUUGGAGAAGCAACAUGCGGAAGACCAAGAACGGUUGAGAGAAUACGCACAGGUUCGCGACGAGAAAGAGAGGUUCAGCGGCCUGAUUCAACGCCUACAAGCCAAAUGCCAAUCUCAGUAUACCGAGAUUCAAGAACACAAGGAGAAGCUCAAGACCCUUCAGUUGGAUCUAGAAGCCCUCAACAAGUCAAUACAGGACCACGAGGUGGACCUAGAGGAUGCAUUAGUCGAUAAGGAAAUGGCCGAGGAGAGGGCUGACCAGGCGGAAGCGGAGAUUGAGUCGUUACGCAAACGGCUAGAGGAACAGACCUUGGAGCUCGACAUUCUUCGGGAUGAGGCAGAGCUUUUCACGACAGAAAUGUCGGAGGAGCAAAAGCAAGAGGCUGGAUACUACCGCCUGCAACACGAGAACGACCGCCUGAGGGAGGCAUUGAUAACUCUCAAGGAGAUGACAGAGGAGCGGGAACAAGAUUACAAGGCAAGGAUCGUCGGUCUCGAGGGCGAUCUUUCACAGCUUGAAUACUACGAGCAAGAAAACGGCACUCUCCAUGAACGCUUGAACGCAUCCGAGAGCCUGGUUGACCAUCUCAAGCAACAGCUGGACGCUGCGAACGAAUGGGAGGACAUGGUCGAGGAACUCACACAACAAAAUCAAAACCUCCAGGAUAGAAUCGCGGAGCAGGAUAUGGUGGUACAGGACCUUGAGAACUUACGGGAGCUCAAUGACGAGCUUGAGGCUCAACAUCUUGAGCAAGAAGAGGAUAUGCUUGCGGAGCUGGAUGCUAAGAACAACGAGCUCGCAGAGCAAGCACGACAAAUCUCAGAACAAACCGCUAUUAUUGCCGAUCAUGAAUCCUUGAUCUCCAAAUUCCGAGACCUCGUCAUGGAUCUCCAAGCCAGAAUGGCCGAUGCCGAGUCUUCGAAGAGUAUGACGGAAGCCCAGGUCAAAGAUACCACGGGGCGUUUCAACGAAGUCAUGGAUCUAAACCGACAACUCCGCGCAGCCACUGUUCUAUCUACCACAAGAGAGAUUGAGGCGUCGCUCAUAUCGCUAAAGGCAGACCAGCUUGCUGAACGCCUUGAAAUCUGGAACGAGACAGAGUCCAAGGAGUUUACUCGGAGCGAAUCUCUCCAAGCCUAUCUUGCUACAGAGAGGAUUGCUGGGAAAUCCGACCUGCUUAUUAGUGUGCUGAGGAGCACCAGUCGACACAUGAGCAACGGCGGCCGGUUGGACGAUGCUGUGUCUAGGCUCAUUUGUGCCCAGUCCAUCGUUCAUUUAGAGGUUCUUAAAGAUGGCAGUAACCGUCUUUGGUCCGCAAUUCGCGGCCUAUCUCUUGCCGACUUUGCAAACAUUGGACCGACCUACCAGGAAUUGAUCACUAUAGAGCAGGUCCUUGAUCAAGGUCUAAAUGCUUUGAAGGCAGAUACCAUCAAUUUUGAGGAAUUUACUGGAUCUCUGGAGCGGUCUACCAAAACCCUUGAGGCAAUUCUAUCCAGCCACCAGGAGAUCCUAGCUGGUCGGCCGGAAGGCGAGAUGCUAUCCCUGUUUACCUCCAUGCAUGCUCGCCUUGAUCACAUUGCAUACAUGUAUGACCUCGCGACCUUCGUCUUGCAGAAGGUUCCCGAGAGCAUCCUCCACGAAUGUGAAUACACGUUGGAACAUUUCAACACCCCGUUGGACAACACACAGGCUGCGCUUACGGCUGCCGCCAAGUUGCUACGGACUGUACAGGCUCUUGCCCACGACCAUAUGUACCCUCAGUUCCCUAAUGGUCUCGACGAAGCUGUCAAAUACGACGAAGCGUUGGCAUCGGCUGCUGGAGGUAUCGCCAAAUUUGUCCGCAGCCUGAUUGAAGAGGUUGCGAAGUGCACCAGUCUCUCGGAUACCGACUCGGUCUCUGCUCGCGAGAUCGCCGACAUCAAAUACAAGAUCGAUGAUCUCGAUAACGACCAGUGCGUUGCUUUCUAUACUGCCGGACUAAAUGGCCUUACUUUCCAUCUCCAUGAUUGGUCUGACCGUGCUGGUCUACUGGCGAACACAACAGAGAUCGAGCACGGGCCUACACCAUGGGCUCAGAAGGCCAAGGAGGUUGACGCAGCAAGAAAGAAAGACGAUGAGGCUGUCCGCCAACUACAGACUCUUACCGCGGAGCAUCGCGCCACGGUUCUGAAAAUCCACGAGCGCGAACAAGUCAUCGCUACGAAAGAACUCGAGAUUGAACAUUUGUUGGCCAAGAUAAAGGAUGCUACCAGCAAGACCGAAGGCCUUGAGGCUCUGCAGGAAGAGCUCGCAAGGCGUCAUGAUAAGAUCAUGGAGCUUCAGGCUCUGGACCGAACGCAGGUGUUGGAGAUAGAGGCUCUCAGGGAGCGUCUGGCUAAUGCCGACGAGUUCGCGCGCCACGAUGUUGAACUCACUAUGGAUAACACGACUGCUCCAGUUGAACAACCUCGGGAAGCAGAGGACCCACUAAAUGUCCCAGGGAGGGCUAAGACAAUGUUCGACGCUCUGGUCAACGAAAAUCAUUGGCUACGCAAGCGCGAAAACAGUCUCGCGUUCGGGUUGAACCUAAUGGAGCUGUUCGCCAAGAUGGAGAUGGAUCGAUCCUCUGCCAUGCAUAAAGAGUCAAUGGCCAAGUCGAACGCUAUUUUUGAGCGAGCAUUCUAUGGGCGCGCUUGCCUCACCGAUGACGACUCUGAGUCCGUCGACACACCUUCAGAAACAUCGAGCCCUGCUCUUGAACAGGAAAACCUGACGUAUCAUAUUCCGAACAUGCAGGGCCCUAGCCGACCUAAGAUGUCGGCUAUAGAACUCACAGGGAUCAGCCUGGGUUGGGAGCAGCUUGCCCACAGUCAUAAGGUGGCAUUGGAGCAGGCUGAAGAGGACUUCAUGCAAAUGUCCAUGCUUGAUCUCGACGACGAGGACUACGAUGACCUAUCAUUCGUAGCGGCACCGAUAUAA